AUGGCCACGCUGUACGCUCGUCAGAGCCAGCUACGGGUCAACCUCCUCCACGGGCCCUUCUCCUCGUCCCGUUACUUCUCCCAGCAGUCCCAGCAGCGGCCGCGCUUCUCCUCCCGUCUACGAUCCAAAGUGCAGUGGUACCAGAUCCCCGUUGGCCUAGGCAUAGGCUUCCUGGGCCUCGUUCAAUUCUACAAGGUCUCGUCGCGUGAGCGCGAUAACCCGGAGAGAAGCGAGGUCCAGGAUGCGGCGCCCAAGAAGCGCGCAAAGAUCAGGCCAGAUGGUCCAUGGCAGGUCCAGGUCAUGUCUACGCUCCCAUUGAAGGCCAUGUCGAGAAUUUGGGGUCGAUUCAACGAAUUGACCAUCCCCUACUACCUUCGUGUUCCUGGUUUUAAGCUCUAUUCGUGGAUAUUUGGUGUUAACCUGGACGAAGUCGCCGAGCCCGACCUCCACACGUACCCGAACCUCGCUUCCUUCUUCUACCGUCAACUUAAACCUGGUGCCCGUCCUCUUGACCCGAAUUCAAACGCAUUGUUGUCCCCGUCCGAUGGCAAGAUCCUGCAGUUUGGCCAGAUCCAGGGUGGCGACAUUGAGCAGGUCAAGGGCAUGACAUACAGCAUCGACGCCCUCCUCGGCAAGAACACUCCUACUUCCAGCAUUGCAAGCGGCUGGUCUACACCGCAAGAGGUUGAGGCUGCCAAGAUUGGUGACCAGGAUAUCUCCCCCGAUGAAGCGUUGGUGAAGACAGACGAGGAAUUCGCCCGUGUCAACGGCAUUUCCUACACUGUCCCCAGUUUGCUGUCUGGUGCUGCCAUGUCUAAGCGGACUGGCUCUCUCAAGGACGAAGCUGCCGAGCCGCCCUCGCCGUCUGCCGUUUCCGAAGUUCGUGCCGACCUUGCCCUUGGUGAGAAACCUUGGUACGACUUGCUCUCCCCAGACAACAAGACCUCCUUAUACUACGCCGUCAUCUACCUCGCCCCUGGAGACUACCACCGCUUUCACUCUCCUACCAAUUGGGUUGUUGAGCGCCGUCGCCACUUUGCCGGCGAGCUCUACAGCGUUUCUCCCUACCUCCAGCGUACCCUUCCUGGCCUUUUCACUCUAAAUGAGCGUGUAGUUCUACUCGGUCGCUGGCGCUACGGCUUUUUCAGCUACGUCCCGGUCGGAGCUACCAAUGUAGGCUCCAUCAAGGUUAACUUUGACCGCGAGUUGCGCACCAACAGUUUGACUACCGACACCGCGGCUGAUCGUGCCGCUGAGGAGGCUGCGAAGCGUGGUGAGCCGUACCUCGGUUUCGCGGAGGCCACCUAUGCUUCUGCAAGCAGAAUCCUUGGCGGCCAUGCGCUGCGCAGAGGAGAGGAGAUGGGUGGUUUCCAGCUUGGAAGCACUAUUGUGCUGGUGUUUGAGGCGCCGACAGAGAGCAAGACGACGGAGGACAGGAGCGGUUGGAGAUGGGCUGUUGAAAAGGGCCAGAAGGUCAGAAUGGGACAGGCGUUAGGAUACGUUGAUGAAGAAUAA